AAUUUAUAUUAUCACUUUUCAUAGACUUCCUUUUUUUUACAUAUACAUAAUGACGAAUCACGAAGAAGUACUUGACGAUCUUAUUUAUUAUGCACGUGCAGGAGAACUUGAAGAACUCAAAAAUGUGGAAAAUGUGACACCCGAAAUGUUCGCAGAAAAAAAUGAUACAGGCAAAACAGCUUUGCACAUGGCAAGUGCUAAUAAUCAUGUAGAUAUCGUUAGCUACAUUUUGGAACAAUUUGCAAAGUUAGACAAAGAAAAAAAGAUAGACCUCGUUAAUGUCAAAAAUGAACAGGGCAAUACCCCACUGCAUUGGGCUGCGUUGAACGGUCAUUACGAUGUAGUUGAAUUAUUGGUGAACAACGGUGCUGAUUGCAAGAUUAAGAACAAUAUGAAUAUCUCUCCUAUUUAUGAAGCACAACAAAGGAACCAUGAAAAAGUCGCGGAAUUCUUCUUAAAAACUAUGGUAGAUGAAGAAGAGGAGGAAGAGCCUCUUGGGGAAGAUGAACAAUAUGUUGAAACUGGUGCGCCGAGUACCGUCACUUCGUCUGAAAAAAAGGACAGUGAGCAAGUAAAGAAGGAAUAAAGGACGUCAAAACAAUCAGUAAAUAAGACAUUUGUACAUUGUAUAUAGAAAACCAAAGGAUAACAAUUUGCACUAAUAAAAAUUAUUGCCUUGUCGAUAUAUUUCAAGUGUACAAGUGUCUUUAGCAACUGGGCAAAUCUAUUGUUUGAUACUUGACUAUUUUGGAAAUGUUUUCUUGCAAAUCAACAAAAAGAUUGAAAUUAGGCAUUCAGUUAUAAUAAAUACCAGGCU